CCAGAGGGAGCGAGGUGAUUACCGGGUCGGCGGAGUGUGCGUCCUCGCCCUGCCCUUAUUGUCUCCUCCCCGCUCUCCUGAGCCAGCCCAGAGAACCGAAGACGAAGCAUCGCCCAGCAGGCGCUCCCGGGGGUGUUGCUGUUUGACGUCGGGACCAGGAAUCGGAAAAGAGUAUGGCUACCCCCAGUGCUCCGCCCUCCUAUGAGGAAUCAGUUGACCCCUUAUAUCCUCCUCCUGGCACUACCGGACCCUACCCUCCAAAUUAUGGGCCUGCCUACCCUCCUGGGCAGAGCCCCCCAUACCCCCCCGCUGGGAACAUGGGCUACCCGUCAAGCUUCCACCAGGCAGGACCUCCCAUGGGUCCCCCGAUGAUGCCAACUCUCCCCCUGAAUCCGACGUGGCCUGGAGGAAGCUCAGGACCCUAUGGGAGCUCCACACCCAACCCUGAGGCGGGGAACGAGGACUUCACCGCCAGCUCCUGGGAUGACCGCAAGGUUCGACACGCCUUUAUCCGCAAGGUGUACCUGAUCCUCACAGCCCAGCUGUUCGUCACCUUCGGGAUUGUGGCCGUCUUCACGUUCAGUGAAACUGUCCAAAACUACGUUCAGAGAAACUCAGCCAUCUACUGGGCAGCAUAUGCCGUGUUCAUUGUGGUCUACUUUGUCCUGGUCUGCUGUGAAGGGCCCAGGAGGAAGUUUCCCUGGAAUGUGAUCCUCUUGGCUGUCUUUACAUUGGCCAUGUCGUAUAUGACCGGGAUGAUCGCCAGCUUCUACAGCACCAAGUCUGUUUUCCUCUGCUUGGGAAUCACUGCCCUGGUGUGUCUGGGAGUCACUGUAUUCUGCUUCCAGACAAAGGUGGAUUUCACAUCGUGCGGGGGUUUGUUCUGUGCUCUCGGAAUUGGUCUGUUUGUCUCCGGGAUCGUGAUCACCAUCGUCCUGUCGUUCCAUUAUGUUCCAUGGCUCCACACGGUGUACGCUGCAAUCGCUGCCAUCGUCUUCACCCUGUUCUUGGCAUUUGACACCCAGUUGAUCCUGGGGAACCGACGACACUCUAUCAGUCCAGAGGAGUACGUCUACGGUGCUCUGCGGCUGUACACAGACAUUGUGAACAUCUUCAUCAACCUUCUUCAGCUGUUUGGCUCCAGAUAAUGGCGGAGGGAGAGGCUGUGACCCCACCCUCUCUCCACCUCUCCCUUGUGUAAAAUAGUCCACUGCGUCUCAGGUUAGGUUAGGCUAUUGGUCCUGUUGCUGGAGUUCCCAGUGUCACGGGAAGGGUGUCCCUCUCACCCGCUCGCCCUCCAAUGCUGUAAAUAGAAGGUUUCGGAAACACUCUGAUGGCUGGGCAGCCUUUGUGAAGAAGGAAAGAGAACGAAUGUUUCAGGUCAAUGGGUUCCACUACAGGUUAAGUCUGGUUUAUUUACUUUAGGCCAGCCUUUCCAGUUCUGACCCAAAACACAGAAGGUAGAACUGUACCGUGCGGUACAGGCCCUUCGAACCUGUGUACCCUUCGGGUGCUCUGCUUUCCUCCCACAGUCCAAUGAUGUACUGGUUACUAGGUUAAUUGGUCAGUGUUAAUUGUCCUGUGAUUAGGCUAGGGUUAAAUAAGUGGGUUGCUGGGUGAAUCGGCAUGUUGAUCCAUUUAUUUUUCUAUCAAUCAGUCAAUCAAUAAAUAAACAUACUCCAUAAUCAAUCUAACCUCUCCCUCCUACACAGUGCCAUAGCCUCCCUUUUUAUCUAUGUGCCUGAAUCUCUUCAAUGUCCCUAUUGUAUCAACCUCUACCACUACCCCUACCUUGGCAACAAAUGCCGCUCACCCAAACCUUAAAAGUACAGUAAAUUUAUUUAUUAUGAAAGUACAUAUAUGCCACCACAUACUACCCAGAGAUUCAUUUUCUUAUGCACAUUCACAGUAGAUACAAAGAAACACGAUACAAUCAAUAAAAAAUACUGUUGUGUAGCUGUUAGCACAAUGCUAUCACAGCUCAGGGCGUCAGUGUUUGGGGUUCAGUUCCAACGUUUGUACGUUCCUCUGGGUGCUCCAGUUUCCUCGCAGAUUCUGAAGAAGUACUGGUUAGUAGGUUAGUUGGUCACUGUAAAUGGUCCUGUGAUGAGGACAGGGUUAAAUAGGUUGGCUGCUAAGUGGUGUGACUCGUUGGACCAAAGGGCCCGUUUUGUCCUGUAUCUCUAAGUUAGUAAAUGAAAAUAAAUUUUUAAAACUUCCCACAAGCGAAGAUGGACAAACAUCCAGUGUGGAAAAGAAGACAAACUGUGCAAAUACAAAGUGAAUUUAAAGUUUCUGACCCUGCCCACCUCCAGUCCCCUAAUGAGGACUGGCUCAUGGAUUUCUACUUCCCUCUUCCUGAAGUCAAUAAUCAGGUUUUGCUGACGUUGAGUGAGAGGUUGUCAUUGUGGCACCAAUCAGCCAGACUUUAGGUCUCCUUCCUCUGUGCCGAUUCAUCAUCACCUUUGAUUCGGCCAACUUCAGCCACAUCAGUGACGCCGUAAACAAACUUAACAAUGGUUUUGCAGCUGUGCUUAACCUCCGAGCCAUAACUGUAAAGCAAUUAGAGCUGGAGGCUGAGCACAGCACCCAGUGGUGCACCUGUGCUGAUGGAGGUCGUGGAGAUGUUGUUGCCGAUCUGACCUGACUGGGGUCUGCAAGUAAGGGAACUGAGGAUCCAAUUGUACAAGGAGGUAUCGAGGCAAAAGUCUUGGUUUAUUGAUUAGUUUUGAGGGGAUGAUAGUGUUGAAUGUGGAGUUACAGUCUAUGAAGAGCAUCCUGAUGUAUCCAUCUUCCCUGUCCAGAUGUCCUAGGGUUGAGUGAAGAGUCUGUUGUGAUGGUAGGCAAAUUGGAAUGGAUGCAAGUUGCUCCUAAGGCAGGACUUGGUAUGCUUCAUGACCAAUCUCUCAAAGCACUUAAUCACAGUGCAUGUUCUUCCUAAAUGUUCUUCUACUCAUCUUACACACUUCCAGGUGUUCUUACAGUCAACCAUUUAUGGAGUGGAGAGUCUCCUUUAUCCCCAACAUUUGUUAUCUUGAUGAUCCGGGGGGGGGGGGGCAAAUGGAUUAUUCUGAUGCAAGCCGAGGGAGAUUCCAAUCUUCCUUGCCCUCCCUGGAAUCCCUCAUGCAAGGAUGUCAUACUGAGGCCUGAUAAGGCACUUGGAGUAUUUUGAGCAGUUUUGUGCUGAAGAAAGAUGUGCUGGCAUUGGAGAAGGUUCAGAGGAGGUUCACAAGAAUAAUCCCAGGAAUGAAAGGGUUAACAUAUGAGGAAUGGUUUAUGACUCUGGAACUACACUCGCUGGAGCUCAGAAGAAUGAGGGCGAAUCUCAUUGAAACCUAUUUUAUACUGAAAAACCUAGACAGAAUGCGUGUGGGGAGGAUGUUUCUUUUAGUGGGGGAAUCGAGGACCACAGCGCACAGCUUCAGAAUGCAAGGACGUCCCUUUAGAACAGAGAUGAGGAAUUUCUUCAGCCAGAAGGUGGUGUUCUUUCCACCUGUGCUCACGGAGCCUGUGUAUUUGGGUAUAAAGAAGGGGUUGGUAGGUUCUUGAUUUGUAAGGGCACCAAAGGAUACAGGGAGAAGGCAUGAGAAUGGGGUUGAAAGGGAAAGUAAAUGAUAGAACAGACUUGAUAGGCCAACUUAUCUAAUUCUGCUCCUGUGUCUUAUGAAUGUAAUUGGGCUGCAUAAGCUUGUUGGGCCAGAAGGGCCGGCUGCAGUACUGUAUUUCAAAAUAAAAAUAAUUGUGGGGGGAACUGGAGCAGCUGGGGAAACGUACAAACUCCACACAAACGGUACCCAGGGUCAGGGUUGAACCUGUCUUGAGCGCUGUGAGGCAAUAGUUCUCCCAUCUGUGUGACCGCAAUCAGACAUUUAUAACCACAAGUACGUUCAAGUUUAUUGUCAUCUGACUGUACAACCAAAUGAAACAACAUUCCUCCGGACCACGGUGCACCCACAUGUAGCACACAAAACAAAAUAUUACCAUAAAUAAGUUCAUAAAAUAUAGUUCAAAAUGUAGUGCAUGGCACAAGCAAACAGUACAGUGAAGAGUAAACAGCUCACCGUCCUUAGGGACGAGACCUCGGUGCUGGCAGGGUACUCAUUAGUCUCACAAUCCGAGGGAAGAAGCUGUCCUCGUCUUGAUGCUCCUGUACCUCCUUCCUGAUGGUAGUGGGUCAAAGAGAUUGGUGAUAGGAAUCCUCAACAAUGCCUCGGGUCCUUCAUGUAAAACACACCUGAUAAAUGUCACAAAUCAGGGGGAGAGAACCUAGUGAUCCUCUUGGCAGUUUUUAACCACCCUACUGUUGACGUUACGAUGGAAGGAAGAUCAUCGUCAUGUUCAUUGCAAGUUUUGAUUGCACCCGUGCUGUGAGGCAGUGUUUCGUUUAGCUGUGUUGUGACUGGAACUGGACAUUGUGUAACUAUUGCUUUGCUUUCCUGAUUUUCAUCUGAUGAUGGAAGGAAGAGCGUCAUCAAGUUUACUGCAAGCAUAGACUGAUACUGCUUUUUUUAACUUUAUUUACCAGUGCUGGAAAUCUGUAUAAUAUUGUAUUAAAUAUUAUUGAUAAUAACGAUUAGAUUUAUUUGUCACAUACACAUUACAACAUUUAGCAUCAACAACCAGCACAGGAUGUGCUGGGAGCAGCCUGCAAGUAUCACCAUGCUCCUGGAGCCAGCAUACCAAGUCCACGUCUUCUGUGUUACGGAAUGCCGUAACUGGAUAACUUACCAGCAAAGACAGAGAGGUCCGUUGAAGUCUGAUGUCACUAUUUUCAAACGUUUUUAUUUAUAAAGGGGCACAAAAGUAAGGUUAAUGCAAACAUUCAGAUAAUGCACAUCACCAAUACGCAAUCUAAAGCGCGGGUAUAGUCAUAAUCAUCAUUAAGAAGUAAUCUCAGCUGUUGUCUAGGGGAUAAUAUUUUUUUGUCCAUUGGAAAUAUAAAAAAGUCACUCAGAAAGUCUGCAGGCCUCAGCCCUUUGAAAAUCGCUGGGUUUCAUGUGGGGCGACCGAGAGAGAGAGAUUGGGGAGAAGAGAAAGAACUUGCCGAGUCUUGAUGAGGCUUCCGUGAAAUCAGGGGAGCGUUGGUUCCCUCUCCCCGAUGUUAGUUAAAAGCGGUUUUCCGUGAUUCCAGCCACAAAUUCCAAUCCCGGAAUCUAACGCACGUGGCUUCUUUCAGAAUGGCUUCCCGCUGCUGCGGGAUCACUCGCUCGUGUCUUCUUGGUGCGUCUGAGGGGGCUGUCCCCCUGAGAAUCCCCUUUAUACUUCCUCAUGGGGUCGCAGGUGUCAAUCAGGUUGGGAUGAUGUAAUCUCUCUCUCAACCAGCCCACCUUGCCCGAGGGCUUUUCACGUGGUCUCCAUGAGACGAUAGUCACUGUCGUCGUCUUCUGCAUCCCGGGUGGGACGUGCAAUUUGGCACAUUUCUCUCUCUCUCUCUCCGACUGGGUCUACUGACCCCCCCCCCCCCCAACGGGUGCUCGUGCGAUUCUCACAAAGGAGGGGGCUGGGAUCAUAACAUUGGAAUGUGGGAGAAACUGGAACACCUGGAGGAAACUGGUGUGAAUAUGGGAAGCUCCUAACAGACAACAGCGGGAAUUGAACCCCAGUCACGAUUGUUGCACUGUAAAGCAUUACGCUAAUAUGCUGCCCUUGGUAUUUACAGGUUGUCGUAGAUAUGUUGAAAUUUGCUUUUAUACUGAAGCAUUACAAUAUGUAGAGGUAUUUCACAGGAGCACUGAGAAGAUAUUUGGGUGUGUGAUCUCAUUGAAACCCUCCAAAUCCAGGAAGAGUUAGAUGGAGUGGAUGUUUCCUAUAGAGGGAGUGUCUAAGACCAGGGCCAUAGCCUCGUAAGAGAAGGGGAUCCCUUUAGAAUAGGGAUGCUUGAGGACCUGGGCAGAUCAGGCAGCAUCUAUAGAGAGGAAUAAAUAUUUGACGUUCCAGUCUGACACAGUUCAUCAAAAUGUGUAUCUUUUCAUCCUUGUGGUCUACUGCACUCAAUUUGUUCAUAUCCCCAUGAGGACUCUUCACAACCGCAUCACUUUCCCAUCGAGAUCUGAAUCAUUAGUGAACUCGUAAAUGUUCUCCUCAGCCAACUCAUAAGUGCAGGUUAUGGUGUCGUUUGUUUCCCCAUCAGUUCCAGGCUGCCCGUUUGAUGAUCUGUUCAUUCCUUUUCUACCUGUUAACCAGAUUCAGAUGCAGAUUCACUUAUUUUUCACGCGUACAUCAAAAUAUAUAAAGUGAAAUGUGUGUUUUGCGUUAACAAGAGAUUAAGAUAAAAGAACCCUUGGGACUUGCACAAACCUCUGACGCCGGGACUCGCCAACCCAAAGGGUCACUGGCCCUCGUGCGUCCUUGCACAUGGACCUCCAUUCUCAGGACUCGCUGACCAGGGAGGACUCAGCAACCUGCAGAAUUACCAUCCCUUGAGAACAGAGCCCUUUUACCCUUUACUCUGUUACCCCUAGUAAGAACUUUAUAAAAAGAGUUGAACUUCAAAUGGAGAUCAGUUUGCUAUUAUCCUCUUCGAUUGAAAAUCAGCUAAUUAAAUCUAGGACUCAGUUUUAUAUACAUGGGGACAAAUCUGGUAAAUUAUUGGCUAACCAAUUGAAAACUGCUUUGGUUAAACGGCAGAUUAUUAAGAUUCGUAAAUGAGAUGGCACUUUGACGAUUGAUCAUAAAGAGAUAAAUAAAGCUUUUCAAGAUUUUUAUAAUUCUCUAUAUCAAUCAGAAUUUUCUGAUGAUUCUUCUAUAAUGGAUGAAUUUUUAAGGAAAUUGAAUAUCCUAAAAUUAACAACUGAGGAUUGUGUAUCAUUAGAUGCACCCAUUACAGAAAC